GUACGUUCAGCGUUGGUGAAUUUACAGUUUUUUCAACGGCAAGUGUAUUCUCGGUCAAGUUUUAUUUCGCUCUGUGAUUUUUUGACAUUUCCAAGCAGAAAUUUCUAAAAUUUCUGCUCAAAUUGAUGCGCAUUUGAUUCAAUUAUUUGUUUCUUCACGUCACAAGCAAACAAAUCCACAAAAGAGUUGCAUAUUAACAGCAGUAGCAACUCGGAUUUGAACUUGUCUAAAUAAUUCCAGAAAUAAAUAUAUUAAUAAAGAAGCAGUAGUAUAACAAUUUUAAAUAAAAUAAAAAUAAUCCCCUCCACAUUGAAAGACAAGAAGCAACAGCAGCAACAUGGGAAAUGUAUUUGCGAAUCUAUUCAAAGGCCUCUUCGGUAAAAAGGAAAUGAGAAUAUUGAUGGUCGGUUUGGAUGCCGCUGGUAAAACCACAAUUCUGUACAAACUCAAAUUAGGCGAAAUUGUUACAACGAUACCUACCAUUGGUUUCAAUGUGGAGACUGUAGAAUACAAGAAUAUUAGCUUUACAGUGUGGGAUGUGGGCGGCCAAGACAAAAUUCGUCCAUUGUGGAGGCAUUACUUCCAGAAUACACAAGGUCUUAUCUUCGUCGUUGAUAGCAAUGACAGAGAGCGUAUCGGUGAGGCGAGAGAGGAGUUGAUGCGCAUGCUGGCUGAGGAUGAGCUUAGAGAUGCAGUCUUACUAAUAUUCGCCAACAAACAGGAUCUGCCAAAUGCAAUGAAUGCGGCUGAAAUCACUGAUAAGCUUGGCUUGCACUCACUCAGAAACCGCAAUUGGUAUAUACAGGCGACGUGUGCAACCAGCGGCGAUGGACUCUACGAGGGACUCGAUUGGUUGUCCAAUCAGCUAAAGAAUGCUAAUCGCUAAAUAAACUUUAAACAACAACAAGAACAGCAGCAGCAACAACCACAAUAGCAGCAGCAACAACAAAAACAACAACAAAAUAAUUAUACACUAACUUUGAUUUAAAAAGCAAAGAAGCAAAAAACCAUCAACAACUACUACGCCAUCAUAACGGCAUCAUUAUAUGUAUGUGGGAAAUAAUAACAACAACAAAAACAAAAACAAGAUCAACAACAUGAGCGUACUGAGGGUUCUGUGCAUUUCCAUUUCCAGCUAUAAUAACACGCAAAGCCGCCGCGCAUAAUUGAAAUUUGUUUAAGAGAAUCGCAAACACCGCUUAAAAAAAAA